UGACACUGCAGAGAAAGUCAACAGGUGUGAACAUCACACCUGAUUCAGCUUCUCAAAGUGCACGUUAACCAAGCAGACAGAGCUUUAAAGAUUUCUUGACAAGUUCAGAAAUCUUUUAGAAAACAUGGACAUGUUCCAAACUGUUUGCUCUACGUCUACUUUAUUUGUGUUGUUAUUUUGAUUAUCGUCUGAUUUAGGAAAUGUUUCUGACACUGACAUAACUCCUGUCGAGUGUGGUAGCAGCGUGCUUUGCCUGGUGUGAUGAUUUGACCUUUGUUUUUCGCCAUGAUGUUCAGUAUCGAACAGUUUGGUUUGUGUGUCGUCCUAGAAGAGAAGACGGUAGAGGACACCGAUCCAGAGAUAAAACUCCCAAAAGACGACACAGCUGCCAGAAACAACACGACCAGAGACCAUCCUGUCCGAGGCACCAGGCUGCGCUCUGCUCUGAGGGAAGAGCUUAGGAUGAUCCACGAGAACAUGGAGGCCAAGAGGAUCGCUCGCAUCGCUCUGGCCGAGAUCAGGGCCUUCCUUGAUGAAGAGGAGGAGGAGAGGGAGGCGACCUGGGUGUCGAAGAUGAAGACGCUGGAGGCUGCCCAGGAGCAACUGAGGGAAGAGAGGAUGAAGGAGGCAGAAAGGUUGGAGAGAGAAAAGGCAGAGAAGGAGAGGAUGGAAAAAGAGAGGAUAGACAAGGAAAGGGUGGAGAUGGAAGCAAAUGAAAAAGCUAAGAAAGAAAGAUUAGCUCAAGAGAGGGCAGAAAAGGAGAGACAAGAGAUGGAGAUAUUGGCCAUUAAAAAGGCAGCCAAAGACGAAAGGGAAAGACUAGAACGAGAGAGGAUGAAGAGGGAACAACAGGAGAAAGAAAGGCUGGAAGAAGAGAGAAUCGAGAGGGAGUAUAUUGCAAAAGAAAGAGAAGGAAUAGCCAGAGAGAAGGAGAAUAUAAAGAGAGAGAAGGAACAGUUGGAGAAGGAGAGACUUGAGAAAGAAAGGAUUGACAAAGAGAAGGCAGAAAAGGAGAGGAUGGAGUGGGAACGCAUUGCUAAGGAAAGAGAGUUAAUUGCAAGAGAGAAGGAGCAACAAAAAAAAGAACGAAUUGCCAAAGAGAGAGCAGAAAAAGAGAGGCUAGAGAAGGAACGAAUUGCAAAGGAAAGAGCGGAAAAAGAGAGGCUGGAGAAGGAACGAAUCACCAAAGAAAGAUUGGAAGAGCAACGGAUCGCCAAAGAGAGAGCGGAAAAAGAGAGGCUGGAGAAGGAAAGAAUCGCCAAAGAAAGGGCGGAAAAAGAGAGGCUGGAGAAGGAACGCAUUGCCAAAGAAAGGGCGGAAAAAGAGAGGCUGGAGAAGGAACGUAUCGCCAAAGAGAGAGCGGAAAAAGAGAGGUUGGAGAAGGAAAGAAUCGCCAAAGAGAGAGCGGAAAAAGAGAGGCUGGAGAAGGAAAGAAUUGCCAACGAAAGGGCGGAAAAAGAGAGGCUGGAGAGGGAACAUAUCGCCAAAGAGAGGCUGGAGAAGGAACGUAUCGCCAAAGAGAGUGUGGAAAAAGAGAGGCUGGAGAAGGAACGAAUCGCCAAAGAGAGAGCGGAAAAAGAGAGGCUGGAGAGGGAACGUGUCGCCAAAGAAAGGGCGGAAAAAGAGAGGCUGGAGAGGGAACGUGUUGCCAAAGAAAGAUUGGAGAAGGAACGAAUCACCAAAGAGAGAGCGGAAAAAGAAAGACUGGAGAUGGAACGAAUCGCCAAAGAGAGGGCGGAAAAAGAGAGGCUGGAAAGGGAACGAAUCACCAAAGAGAGGGCGGAAAAAGAGAGGCUGGAGAAGGAACGAAUCGCCAAAGAGAGAGCUGAAAAAGAGAGGCUGGAACGGGAACGAAUCGCCAAAGAAAGGGUGGAAAAAGAGAGGCUGGAGAAGGAACGAAUCGCCAAAGAGAGAGCUGAAAAAGAGAGGCUGGAAAGGGAACGUAUCGCCAAAGAAAGGGCGGAAAAAGAGAGGCUGGAGAGGGAACGAAUCGCCAAAGAAAGACUGGAGGAGCGAAUCGCCAAAGAAAGACUGGAGGAGCAGAACGCCAAAGAAAGACUGGAGAUGGAACGUAUCACCAGAGAAAGGGUGGAAAAAGAGAGGCUGGAGAAGGAAAGAACAGAAAAAGAAAAGGAAAGGCUGGAGAGAGCAGCGAGAGAGAAGGAGGAGAGGGAAAAGAUGCAGAAGGAGCGCAUUGCCAUGGAAAGGGCAAGAAUUUCUCAGGAGGACAGAUUAGAGAACGAGAAAGCAGCUAAAGAGAAAGCAGAGAAAGAAAGAUUGGAGAAAGAAAGGGCCGCGAGAGAAGAGAGGGAGAGGAUGGUGAAGGAAAGAGAGAGAAUCAAGCAGGUGAGAGUAGUGGAGGAAAGGUUGGAGAAAGACAAGGCAGUGAGGGAGAAGGAGCUGAUGGAGAGGCAGAGGCUCGCCAGAGAAAAAGCUGUUUGCGAUAAGAUUGAGGCGGAGAAAGAACGAAACGCUGUGAAGGUAGAAACGAAGAAACAAGAGCCUCUUGAGAGGAAACCCAAUGCUUCGCUGCCGAAAGUUCAGAUGGCACAGGAGAGAAACAUAGCGGCAGUCAGGAGAGAGAAGAGUGCAGUGGAGGAGAAGAUGGCUGUGGGUGGGAAGAAAAAAUGAAACUGUGAUUCUCAUGGUGCUAAAAAAACCUGUCAUGUCUUUCUGUGACUCCUUUCAGGUUUUCUUGUUUUUUUUAGAGGUGCUGUAUUUCUGCUGCUGCUUUACAUCACAGCAGAUUUUUCUUGUGGCUUUAGUCGUGUACAGUAUUUCUUGUUUUUCCUGUUAAGUCAAUGUCUUCUUUCUGAUAGACGUUACAUCAAAAACACUGUACGCAUUCGUUUUGGAGUCAGGCGCAUUGCUAACUUUGGACAGUUACCUGAUGUUCUGUGAGAGGGCUCUCAGUCACACAGGUUGGUUGUAGAUCCAUAAAGACGUUUCACCUCUCAUCCAGGAGGCUUCUUCAGUUCUGACUGACUGGUGGGGAAACCCAGGUAUUGAGCCUUGAUGGGAUCAUCAACCAGGACAUUGUUUCGACUUGGUUCGCGAGUGCUUCUUGUUGUUGACCAUAAUGGCUUGGACGACAGUCGUCCCAACAACAAGGAGCACUAACGAAUCAGGUGGAAACCUGGUUAACGUUUUAGAUGAGAGGUGAAACCUCAAGUCCAUUUGCCUCCAGAUUCAACCCUUCGGUCUUUAGCAAACUGUGGAUGAAACAAGUUGUGGUUGUUAUUCUUAAUAUGGUGUAUUGAUAUUCUGCUGGUGCAGUUUUUUUGUUCUCAGAUUUCUUGUUUUGGGUACUUAACGUGAAAAGAAGUGUAAAAAGUGGAAGAAGUGUCUUUUGACUGGAAGCAUCUCACUUCAGGUUGCAUGUUGGGUUGAUGUAGAAAAUGUUUUAGUGCUUUUAUUUUAUUUAACUUCUUGAGAAGCAGAAGUGAGUGUACGUCAUUGUCUCAUGUCAGUAUGGCUUUAUUACAAAACAUUCAAAGCCUGAUUUUAGCAUUCUGAAAAUAAGAACUGUUAUGUUGCAAAUGUUGCAGGUCAUCUUCUACUGAGUCCACCAUGUUGAACCACCAUGUUUCUACAGUAGACCAGCACAAAUCACCAACUACACCACUAUAUCCUACAGUAGAUAGAUGUAGGUAGUUAGAUGUGGAGCUAGGUUACAACCUUUUCUGAAUAUGUUGUGACGUAGCAACCAUUGAAGUCACAUGACCGAUCAGCUGUUUCCUCAUGGCUCCACAGGGAUCUGAGGUAACAACACCAAUGUCUAAUUUACUUUUUUGCCACUUUUUCGUCACAAGCGUUCAUUCACAUUUUCUUUUGGGGGAUUACUCAACUUCGAUUGUUUGUUUCUUGCUGCAACAACUCUGAGAUCAUUUUUUAAUUUCCUUCAAAAUGUGAUUAAAAGUUGUUUGUUUUCAAAUCGAGAUACGUUUGUCUUCUUUGUUGCUGUCACGUAUAAACCCUCGCAGUAAGUGUCCUUCAGUUGAAAAUGUGAGCGUGAAUAAAGAACACCACAUCCUCCUCCUUCUAUUCAAGGCUAUCUAUCUCAGCCACAGCUUCCUCCUUUCUCACACAGUUUCCUUUCCAAAGAAUAUUCUCAGUGUUCACUGCUGCUCGUGUGCACCUUGAAUCAGAUGAAGUAUAAUAUAUAAUACAAAAUGUUUAGUUGAUGAAUUGCUUGACUCUCUGUUUUCUGUAAGGCACUGUUACACUAAACUGUAAACCGACAACAGUUCUGAAUAUUUUGUUGCAUGUUUUGUUCAUGUUGACUCUGUAGCUCUGAACCAGCUAUUCAAACAUUUGUGUUACAAAAGCUACAAUGCAUUUAAGUUAAAGCUCCAGAAACUGGACAAACACUCUACAUAUGAUUGAGAGUCUUAUCUUGUGUUUAUGUUGUAGUUGAGCCUGCGUCAUCACUACAGCAGCUGGUAAACGGGGCCUGUUUGUUUAAUAAAGGAUCAAUAAAAAUAUCCAUAAUAUAUCUGCAAAGUAUAGCUGUUAUACUUGUAAUAUUCAAGGAAAUACUAAAUGUACUGAUACACGUGGGAGUUGGUUUGGAUCGCUACACACGAUACUGACGUGUAUCCAUGACGUGUAUUACUUUGAGGAAAGGUUCUUUAA